AUGAGUGGUGGAGUGAACCUCAAAGUGAUCUCCCAGAGCCAAAGUGACACAGGUGUCAGGUCCACUCAGCCUUUACCCCACAGCACCCCACCUCAGACUACAAUGGAUCCAGGACAACAGUACAGAAGCCUCCUGCACGCACCGGUACAGCCUCCUUACACAUCUGCUAGACGCUCUUCUUACUCACAAGCCUCUUCUUCCUCUGCCCACUCCGAGCAGCUGAAAGGUGGUGCUAUUAAGAGCCAUAUCCUACAGUUAAAGAGUAGCAUGUACGCUCACAGAAGCCCAGCAGGAACUGCAAGGACCGAUGGCACGUGUUCGGCCUACAGCAGUCCUCAAAUACCAAAGAGAGAAACCACACGAUCUAAAGACACCCUUGACCUCCGCACCAGCACCCUGACACACAGAGCUCUGCAAGAUCUUCAGUUCAGGCGAAAUGUGAACAAAAACUGGACUUUUGGUAAAUAUCGAACGAGAACUGCCACAGAGGAGAGUGACCCCCUGUUUAAUGUCCAGGCAGGCCACGCUGCAGGACGUCUGCUCGGUUCUAAAGGCUCCAAUGGUAAUGAGGUGCCCAAAGUGCCACAGGUGACAAUGGACAACAUCAGGAAAGAAGUGAAGAAUAACUCCUACCAGGACUUGAAGUCUGUAGAGCCAGAGGGUUCCAGUGAUAAAGGAAGGGCCUCUUAUCCCACUUUUAACACAGCCAGACGAGCAAGUGAGCCAGGAAAAAUCAACAUGGCCGCUGUGGCUCCAUUCCGGUUCAGGUUUCAAGUGCAAGAGGAGAUAGGCGCCUCUCUGGAUGAUCUGAGUGACUGCUCCUCUGACUCUAUGGAGGUGUGCUGUGAUGAUCUUGACCCUGAGUCGCAGAGGAAGCGGACUGUGCAAAAUGUCCUUGACCUGCGCCAGAAUCUGGAAGAUACUAUGUCUAGUCUCCGAGGGUCCCAAAUUAGCCACAGUUGUGUGGACAGCAGUAAUGUUGGCUAUGACAGUGACGAGACCAACGCUCGCAGUCUAUCCAGCUUGUCCAACCGCUCCUCGCCUCUGUCGUGGCGCCAUGGUCAGUCCAGCCCUCGACUUCAGGCUGGGGAUGCUCCCUCUUCCACAGGAGGGGGGUUCCAGGGCAGUAAGGGCAGCUCUCAGUACACUGCCCACACUAUGCCUGCCCGCUGCACUGGGCGCCUCAACAGCACGUCACGCAUCGAGCUCAUUGAGGGUCUGGAUGUGGACGACCCCGACCUGAAGUCUGGGUACCUGAGCGACAGUGACCUUCUGGGGAAGAGCCUGCCUGACGAUGACGACGACAAUCUGGCUAAUGGGUGGGAUGAGAGCAGCUCCAUCAGCAGUGGCCUCAGCGAUGGCGACGGCGAUGGAUCGGAGAAUAUUAGUUCAGAAGAGUUCAAUGCUGGCUCGUCCCUCAACUCCCUCCCAAGUACACCCCUAGGAUCCAGACGCAGCUCCUCUGCCAUGCUCCGCACUGAUGCAGAGAAACGCUUCCUGGUGGAGAGUGGACUUUCGUGGUACAGCGAGGACAGCAAAUCCAGCCAUAAACUGGAUAGGGCCAGCUUUGACACCGGGAGCCUCAAGUCGGAAGCACCAAGCAAGUGGAGAAAGAAGCCCCCAAGUUUAAGUGAAGACUUUGGCAAAGGAGAGGCAAAGAAGCCCCAGAGUUUAGGGCAGCCGGGCAGCUUCAGAAAGGGCAAAAAUCCCCCUGUGGGAGUCACCUCUCCUAUCACCCACACGUCCCAGAGCAUGCUCAAAGUGGCAGCUCCUAAAAGUGAAAAGCCACAGGACAAAUCUCGGAUUUCUGUCAAAACUGCUGGUCUACAGCGAUCUCGGUCAGAUGCUGGAAAGGAUCACCAUGGAGAAUACCGCAAACCUCCUUCAGGUCUAGUUAAACCCACUGCUGGAGCCUCGUUUGGUUACAAAAAACCCACGGCCACUGGUACUGCCACUGUUAUGACAGCAGGUGGUGCCACUAUCUCAACUGGCUCUUCCACUCUGGGAAAGCCCCCCAAGUCAUCUGGCAUCCCAGUGAAGCCAGCAGGGGCACCAACAGGUCGCAAAAACAGUUUUGAUGCUAGCAGUGAGCAGGGCUUUCUGGGGCCUAAUGCCCGGAAUAGUAUUCAGUAUCGCAGCUUGCCCCGCCCGGCCAAGUCAAGCACCCUCAGUGUCAUCGGGCGUCCUGCAUCUCGACCUCCCAGUGGUAUUGUUGACCCCAGUCUGUUGAGUCUCAAACCCGUAUCCAUUGGCACCGCCGGGCCCAAGGUUAAAGAACCAAACAGUUCUAGUGGUAAAAUUACUAAUCGCACAAUGUCAGGCCCAGUGAACCAAACAGAUCGAGAGAAGGAGAAAGAGAGGGCCAAAGCCAAGGCUGUGAGUGCUGACAUGGACUGUGGUUCUCUGAAAGGAGAGGACAUGUUGUCACAAAACACAGAGGAACCUGCUUUGAAACUGCAUGGCCUCAGGCGCACCAGCAGCAGCAAAUACCCCGAGCUCUCAUCACCUACAACACCAAGGUCUGUUUGUACUGUUUGUACUGCCUCUCCACUGUCUCUCCACUUUUCCUGUAGGAUGAAAUCACUUGGCCGUCCUCCUAGUCUGGCUCACCUGGACAAGGUAAACUCCAACAGUCUUGACUCAUGUGUGACCAUCCAGGACCUCCCUCCCAAAGUACCCCCUUACUCUAAGCUCCAGGACUUGGCAGGUUCUCACUGUGGCGGCCGCCUUACUCCCAGCCCAGCACCGGUGCUCCAUUUGGACUCCUCCAGCUCCUAUGAGACCCACACAGGUUCUCCACUGCUCUACCCCAAACUGUCGGGCAUGCACCGCAGCCUGGAAUCCCUGCCUCUGCAGAUGAGUGUCCCCUCCAGUGCAAGGUUUGGCCCUUCAGACAUGCAAGAAAAAGAACAACGGGGCACAGGCACGUGGGGAUCGGCCACCAGGACACCCAUACAAGAGAGCUUGCAAACAGACAGAAAUACAUUUCCGAAGAAAGGCUUAGAGUGCUGCAGUUCAAGUCUGUCAGAGAGUGAAGGAAGCAAAUCAGGCAGGCGCCACUCUCACACCAUAAUGAGUAUGACAGAGAGCCAUAGUCCUCCUCAGCUACCCUCUCCCACCCGCCCUCUCCACGCAACCACAACUAAGACUCCGCUCACCAAUGUGGUUGCUCCCAUUUCCUGUGGCACCCCAAGGAUCUCACGCUCCAACAGCAUAGGCCCCCCAAGUGACUCUAGUGAUCUGUAUGGAUCUUCCCCCUUGGGUAGCAGUAUGUCCCUGGCUGACCGGCCAAAAAGCAUGAUGCGUUCAGGGUCUUUCCGUGAACCUGGGGAGGAUGUGCAUGGCUCUGUAUUGUCUUUGGCCUCCAAUGCUUCAUCCAACUAUUCCUCGAAUGAGGAGAGGAUACAGGGAGAGCAAAUACGCAUGCUGAGAAGAGAGCUUGAGUGUUCUCAAGAGAAGGUUGCAAACCUCACCAUGCAGCUUUCUGCCAAUAUAGGACAGGCCAAUCUAGUAGCUGCUUUUGAGCAGAGUUUGGCACUGAUGACAGCUCGUUUGCAGACUCUGUCAGUGUCCUCAGAACAGAAGGAUUUUGAACUCACAGAACUUAAGGACACCAUUGAUAUUCUGAAGGCCAAAAACACAGAGGCCCAAGAAAUCAUUCAGGGGGCGCUCAGUAGUCCUGACAUUACCCCAAAAGAAAUGCCAAUUAAUCGUCAAAAUUCUUCAGAAAGCCUCUCCAGUCUCGCCAGCACCACCAGUCAUUCUAGUAUGGGUAGUUUCAAGGAGCAGGAGGCCAAAAAGAAGAAAAAGAAAGGCUGGGUCUUUGAGUUACGCAGCUCCUUCAAUAAAGCAUUCAGUAAGAAAGGGUCAAAGCAGUCAGGGCCAUACGCUGACAUUGAGGAGAUUGCCACCCCAGAAUCCUCUGCGCCUUCCUCUCCUAAAGUUCGCCAUGAAGCUGAAAACCCUGCACCAUCAAUGAAAUCUUCCGCUUCUGCCUCAUCAUCUGGACUGUGUGAAGGUGGAGAGGGGGUGGAGGAGAAGGUGGUAUCAGAGUUACGCUCAGAGCUGUGGGAAAAAGAACGCAAAUUGACAGACAUCCGGCUGGAGGCCUUGAGCUCCGCACAUCAGCUGGAGCAGCUACAGGAGGCCAUGACUAAUAUGCAGAGGACAGUGGAGAAGCUGAAGUCUGAGAAUGACCAAUUAAAGACAGGUGGUCUCUCUCCUUGCCCGUCUCCUGGACCUUCCAGCUCUGCGUCACAGUCCUCAGGCCUGGCCACUCUGGGCAACUCCUCCCCACGGCAGUCUGUAGCCAUGCACAUGCCCAAAAGCUACAGCAGGGGGCUGAGUGAGGGCUGCUCAGAUGUCUUCACUUCAGACUCACUCAGUCAUUCCUCACAAAGAGAUGAUCAUCGUGUUAGGGUGGUGGUUUCUGUGGCAAAUUUACAUGUUUUUAAAGAUGAUGUGAAACAACAGGAAUUCUUCAUUGGUACUGUGAGAUUAAAUGGUAGAAUGGACUGGACCAUGCUGGAUUCAGCUGUCAGCCAGGCUUUCAAGGUGUACAUCACAAAGGUGGACCCCACCUCCAGUCUAGGGCUUUCCACUGACUCCAUCUAUAGUUAUAGCAUAGGCCAUAUCAAGAGGUUACUGGGAGGAGAAGCUCCAGAGACUCAGCCAUCUCACUGCAUGUCCCGAGGCCCAACCAGCAUCACAGUGGCUCUGAAAGGUUUGAAAGAGAAAUGUGUGGACAGCUUGGUCUUUGAAACCCUUAUUCCCAAACCCAUGAUGCAGCACUACAUCAGUCUUGUUCUCAAACAUCGGCGUCUCAUUCUUGCUGGACCCAGUGGGACAGGUAAAACGUACCUGGCCUCUCGAUUAGCUGAGUACCUGGUGGACCGCAGCGCUCGAGAGGUUACAGAUGGCAUUGUUGUAACUUUCAACAUGCAUCGUCAGUCGUGCAAGGAUCUACAGCUGUAUCUGUCAAAUCUGGCAAAUGAGAUUGAUCGGGAAACUGGCACAUCAGAAAUACCCCUGGUACUGAUUCUGGAUGACAUUCAUGACACUGCCUCUCUCAGUGAACUUGUGAAUGGUGCUCUUACCUGCAAAUACCACAAAUGUCCCUACAUCAUUGGAACUAGCAAUCAGCCUGUCAAAAUGACCGCAAACCAUGGCCUGCAUCUGAGUUUCAGGAUGGUCACUUUUUCCAACAAUGUGGAGCCUGCCAAUGGCUUCUUGGUUCGCUAUCUGCACAGAAAGAUGAUGGAGUCAGAAGAUGAGAGGAAUUUGACCAAUGAAGACCUGAUACGUGUUUUGGACUGGUUGCCCAAACUGUGGUAUCAUCUGCACACAUUCCUGGAAAAGCACAGCACAUCUGACUUUCUCAUAGGUCCAUGCUUUUUCCUGUCCUGUCCUGUCACUGUGGAGGAGUUCCGCUCGUGGUUCAUUGACCUUUGGAACCAUUCCAUUAUCCCAUACCUACAAGAAGGGGCCAAGGAUGGCUUUAAGGUCCAUGGUCAGAAGGCCGUUUGGGAGGAUCCGGUGGAGUGGGUAAGAGGCACUCUACCUUGGCCUUCAGCCCAGCAAGACCAGGCAAAGCUGUUCCACUUGCCCCCGCCCAACAUCAGCUCAAGCAGCCCGGGACAAGUCUGUGAGGAGAGGCCCCACAAGGAAACUCCACCCAGCUCCAUGGAAUCUGAUCCACUGAUGGCAAUGCUUUUAAAACUUCAAGAAGCUGCCAAUUACAUUGAAUCCCCUGAUAAAGAAGACCCACACUUGCCUAAACUUUGAAAAGAAGCUAAUAUUUAGCCCUGGAAUAAGCGUUUAAUGAAUUGUGUGGUUCAGUGUAAAUGUGGUUAAAGAUUUACUGUUCCCAGGUGUUCCAUAUAACAUGCCAUUAUUUCACAGUAUAGUAUUUAUAAUAUAAAAGUAUAGAAAAGUAGCGUAUUUUUGACACAUUCGCCUCAAUUCCCUUAGACUGGUGCUAAUCGAUCACUAUGACAGUGUCUCACUCAGCACUUAGAUUCAAAUCACUCAGGUGAUUUGUGCUGUAGCACAUACAGUACUAAACAGACCAUCCUGUGAGUGUUGUUGUGCACAACAGAAUAUUGGUUUCUUUCCUUUUCUUUGGUUACUAACAAUUAGUGACUCAUUUUGUAGAGGAGCAUGACAGCAUGUACAAUGCAUAUCAAAUGCUAAGUCACAUAUGCAAUUCACAAUACAAGUCAAGCAGGUGAUGAACUAACACAAUGCCUUAUGAACAAAGAUGUGUCUCUUCAACUUCAGCAGACUAUUCUGGUGCUUUCUCCGAGUCAUCACUUCUAAACUCACUAGCAGUGACUCAACAUCUCUUAACUUCCGCAGUUGUAACAACCUUUUAUUCAAGCUGUCAUACUCUUUUGCAUAAAGCAUCUUAACUUAAACUUCAGCUGCACACUUAAGCACUGGGGUUAGUUUUCUGUGUUUUACAUGGUAAGGUAUUGCUAUAGUGAAACUAUCAGGUAAUUGGUUAUUUUAGUAUUAACGCCGUCACUCACUGAUGUGAUUAAAUCACAUCUUGUUUAACACUUUUUGUGUUAAAACACAAAGAAUAAAUGGUCUGGACUAAGUUGAAGACGUUAAAAUGUUCACAAAUCUGUAUAUAAUUGAAAAACAUUCCUACUUGUCCUUAUACUGUAAUUAUUAAACAGUAUAUUCCAUCUCCCCUGAAUCCAAAAUCCAAAAAUAACAAUAUAUAUAGUUUAUUUAUACGGUAUGUACAAACAUAUUGUUGCAUUACCUGCAACGUUAUACCAAAUAUUUAUGUUAUGUUUUUUUUUUCUAUGAAUGUAUUGCAUUUUACUCAGUAUCAGACAUUAUUGUAGGUGCUUCAAAGUAGCCUUACCACGAGCCACACUUAAGGAACUCAGAGCAAAUUUAAAACUACCUAAUCUCAACUCAUUCCCUCGCAACAUUCAGUGUAUUCAGCCAUUUUGUUAUUUAUGUCACACAUUAUCACCAUUUAGCUAAUGUUCAUAUGGUGCAUUUAAUGUCUCAGUUGUGUCAACAGAUUUCAUUUAACUAGAAAAGCUUGGUGUCCUAGGUGUGAAGUAGAUCUGGGAUAUUUUGGGAUGUGUUGUAAACGUGCUCAAAUGCAUAAUGUAGAGCCAGUGAAGUCCUGUGAGUGAUCCUAUGGUGGUAGACCCAUACUAAAUACUGAUGCAUUUAUAUUUAAAUAACGUUUGGGACGAAAGCACAGAUGCAAAGGAACUUUUUUGUAAAAUACAAAGAUAGAAAUGAGUGAUAAAUUGUAAAAGAGGUCAGCGGUGUCCUCCAUCACCCAUGAGGUUUAAGUGCUUUUCCUUUGUACAUAUAUUCUGUAAAUGAAUGUCACACAACUUUUUAUAGUUUGACAAAAAAGUGUGUGUUCACACGUAUGCUUUGCUAUUGCACUGUGCUUAAACUGACCAAUAACCAUUGAGUCACUUUGUAGAUGUACCAAGGUGUGACUGACUAUUUGGUCAGUGCCAAACCAGACACACUAGGUAUUGUUUUCUUAAAUGUAAAUAAAAGAAAAAAAAACUUCUAACUUGCAACCUGGUUUGCCGGUUUCCCAACUUAAGUUAUGAUCUCAUCUAAUUUACUGGUUGUUGUGCCUGUUGCUCUUAUCAACUGUGAUUUGUGUUGGCUUAUAAGCAUAAAAAGGACUAUCCAGCAACUUUUAAUGGUGCUGGUAAUCAAAAGCAAAUAAGUAAACAAGGCAUGUUUCAUCUGGUAUAUCUGACCACCCUGCAUCCCAGGAGAAUAUUGUAGGAAGCCUUAUAAAACUAAAUGUUGGUUGUCACUGCAUCGAAGACAGGGUUAAAAGUUUGUUUUGCCCAAAAAGCGAUACAAACCUGUGGUAGAAAAUGAAUAGGCCAAUACAGGUUGCUGUAUAGUCACAUUUUCUUCAAAGCUUGUUGUAGGCUCAAAUGUUAUGCAGUAUCUUAUUCCACUGACUUGCAAAUGUUAAGGGUUUUUAAAUGUUGUAAAUGCAUGUAAACUCGCUGUGUGAUGAGACACAUUAUCUACUGUGGAAGAAGAUCAUCCUAGAAAAUGUUUUCCUUUGUAAUACUCAAAUGUUUGAUAUUUCUUUUUCUAAUGACUCCUUUAUAAAAUGUCAUGUUAUUUUGUACAGGGCAUCAUUGUAAAGACUGUAAAUAUGUCAGCAUUGGAUGGAUGCAGCUACAAUCAUAGUGAAGAAAAGAGCAUUAGGCCUAUAUGUAAGAGAUUAGUCCAAUGCAGGGAUAAGUCAUGCUUUUAAGGGUAUCAUCCAUCUAUCACUGUUUGCUGGAAUCAAUAAAAUACAUAUUAUAUUUA